UACAUUUCUGUUUUUUGGGAAAAGUUUUGCUACAUUUCUACCCCUGUAUUUUUGCGUCAUCUACUCUAUUUCUUCUCCCUGCUCCCCUCUCUCCCUCACUUUCUCUUCCCAAACUAAAAAAGAAAAAAGAAAUUUUUGGUGAAAUUUCAGUGCUUCUGUAGAGAUAAAAUGCACCGGUGAUGAUCAAAAUGGCUUCUUUCUAAGGUUCCGUUCAGCGGUGAAUUGUGGGGGUUUUUUUUUGUUUGUAAGGGGGUUGAAUUAGGGGAGAUGGCUGCGGUUGCGGAGAGCUCGAUCGGAGUAGACGAUCAGUUCAUCCACCGCAAGCCCUCUUCUUGCAAUCAGGAGAUGGAGUAUCAGAGGGAUGUGAGGAAGCUGGUAGACCUUCUUUCGAAAUUGAAUCCAUCGGCUAAGGAGUUCUUCCCGUCGUCUUACAUGCCCCACCGCGCAAAAUCUGAUGGUCGGCUCUCUGCUGAUGCGCCGGUCUUCGUUGCGUCGAUCGAUUAUUAUAAUAGCAACAAUGGGUAUAGUAGUAAGGAUUCAAGUAGUGAUGGAUCUCCCAAUAAUCAGCUGUUUAAUCGAAGGAGGAGGAAUGUAUAUAACCAAGGGAGGAGGAUGAAUGAAAGGGUGAGAAGAGCUGAAAGGGAUGAAAGCAUUAGACGAACAGUUUAUGUUUCUGAUAUAGAUCUCAAUGUCACUGAAGAGCGCCUUGCUGAACUAUUUGCUGGUUGUGGUCAAGUAGUUGACUGUCGGAUCUGUGGUGACCCACACUCGAUUCUCCGUUUUGCAUUCGUAGAGUUUGCUGAUGAGGAGGGUGCUAGAGCAGCUUUGAAUAUUGGUGGAACCAUGCUAGGUUACUAUCCUGUCAAAGUUUUACCUUCAAAAACUGCAAUUUUGCCAGUGAAUCCCAAAUUUCUUCCUCGGUCCAACGAUGAAAGAGAAAUGGUUGUGAGAACUGUAUAUUGUACAAACAUAGACAAGAAGGUUACUCAGUCAGAAGUGAAACGUUUUUUUGAACAUGUCUGCUGUGGAGAGGUUUCCCGUCUAAGACUUCUUGGAGAUAAUGUGCACUCAACUAGGAUAGCCUUUGUUGAGUUUGUUCGGGUAAAUUUUCAUACAUUUCAUUUCAUUUGGUCUACCACCAGAAUCUCAAUACCAUUUAAUGCGUCUGUUUCAACGUGACAUGGGGUUAAACCU